CAUCUGAAGCUUCUGCAGUAUUCAGAACAAAAUAAAAUAUACUGCUUAAGCUUUGGAACAAAACACCUCCUCUUUUUAAUCUCUAUAACUAUAUUAAAAAAAAAAAAUGGCACGUCAAUUUGUCGUAUUUGCCCUCUUGGCUUUGGCCGUGGCCACCGCAUUCGCCGCCGAUGCACCUUCAGCUGCCCCCACCGCCUCUCCGACCAAAGCCCCCACCACCCCAACCAAGGCUCCUGCAGCUGCACCCAAAUCCUCCGCCGCCGCACCGAAAGCAUCAUCCCCUGUUGCAGAGGAACCCACCCCCGAAGAUGACUACUCGGCAGCCACCCCCAGUGACUCCGCCGAGGCACCCACCGUCUCCUCCCCACCGGCUCCUACCCCCGAAGCCGAUGGUCCCUCAACCGAUGGACCCUCAUCUGAUGGACCCACCGCCGCCGAGUCACCCAAAAGUGGCGCCACGACUAAUGUGAAGCUCUCCAUCGCCGGCACUGUCGCCGCCGCCGGAUUCUUCAUCUUCUCUCUCUAAGUUUUUUUUGUUAAACUUGGGACGGAAUCAUAUUAUUUAUGUUAACAUUAUGAGACGAGGCCUUAUCUCUUUAACUAACUAAUUACUAUAUACGAUUUAUAUAAAACCAAGAGAUUGAAUGGAGUUAUUAUUAUUACGCACUGUUGUACCAAUGUCGUCAUUUUUGGUUGUGAUUUAACGUUUGUUUUUGGUUAGAGAUUAAAUGAAAAACAAAAUUUGCA